AUGGAGCCCAUUGUGCCCCUCUGCUCUUGUUUUUAUGUAGAUGUUCACACGGAGGCGGUGCAAGCAGCUUUGGCCAAAUACAAGGAGAGGAAGAUGCCCAUGCCUUCGAAAAGACGUUCUGUUCUCGUACAUUCCUCGGUGGAAACCUACACGCCUCCAGACACAUCAUCUGCCUCAGAAGAUGAGGGCUCUUUACGGCGACCCGGGCGACUCACCUCCACUCCGCUCCAGAGCCAUUCCAACAUCGAGCCCUGGCUCGACCGGGUCAUUCAGGGCUCGUCCACCUCAUCCUCUGCAUCCUCCACCUCAUCUCACCCGGGAGGGAGACCCGCCACCGCUCCCACUGCUGCUGCCACCACGCUCACAGGCCCCGCGGCCCACGCCCACAUAGAUGUGCACUCCGCCCCUCCGGAUGUCACCACGGGCCUUGGGGAGCUUUCGCACUGUGAACAUCCGCAGCUGGCUUCUGUGCGAGGUGUCGCUCGGGGCUACAGCGGGAGUGUCCUAGAAACGGCUGGUGGUGUCCCUGUGAACAGCAGAGUGUCCUCCAAAAUCCAGCAACUUCUCAACACCCUGAAGAGGCCGAAGCGCCCUCCGCUGAAGGAGUUCUUUGUGGAUGAUUUUGAGGAGCUGUUGGAAGUGCAGCAACCAGAUCCAAAUCAGCCAAAGCCUGAGGGAAGCCAGAUGGUGGUGCUGAGAGGGGAACCUCUGGCUGUGGGGGUCCCCUGGCCCCCGUCCCUGCUGGCCGCCCUGCAGCGGUGGGGUACGACGCAGCCCAAAGCCCCCUGUCUGACCGCCUUGGACACGGCUGGGAAGGCCGUCUACACCCUCACCUAUGGCAAACUUUGGAGUCGGAGUUUAAAACUAGCUUAUACUCUACUUAAUAAACUGACUAGUAAGAAUGAACCACUACUUAAACCUGGAGACAGAGUGGCCCUGGUGUUUCCAAACAGUGACCCUGUGAUGUUCAUGGUGGCAUUUUAUGGGUGUCUCCUGGCAGACCUGGUUCCUGUCCCCAUAGAAGUGCCAUUAACAAGAAAGGACGCUGGCAGCCAGCAGGUCGGGUUUCUGCUGGGCAGCUGCGGCGUCGCCCUGGCCCUGACCACGGAUGCUUGUCAGAAGGGCCUGCCCAAGGCACAGACGGGAGAGGUGGCGACUUUCAAAGGAUGGCCCCCGCUCUCCUGGCUGGUGAUCGACGGGAAGCAUCUGACCAAGCCCCCCAAAGACUGGCACCCACAGACCCAGGAUGCAGGGGCUGGGACCGCCUACAUCGAGUAUAAAACCAGCAAAGAAGGCAGCACAGUGGGGGUCACGGUGUCCCAUGCAUCCCUGCUGGCCCAGUGCCAGGCUCUGACCCAGGCUUGCGGCUACUCAGAAGCUGAGACAUUAACAAAUGUGCUGGAUUUCAAAAGGGAUGCUGGUCUGUGGCAUGGAGUGUUAACAAGUGUCAUGAACAGGAUGCACGUCAUCAGCAUCCCGUACGCGCUGAUGAAGGUGAACCCUCUGUCCUGGAUUCAGAAAGUGUGUUCCUAUAAAGCCCGGGCCGCGCUGGUCAAGUCCCGCGACAUGCACUGGUCUCUCCUAGCUCAGCGAGGUCAGAGGGACGUCAGCCUCAGCUCACUGCGCGUGUUGAUCGUGGCGGACGGCGCUAACCCCUGGUCCAUAUCCUCCUGUGAUGCGUUCCUCAAUGUCUUCCAGUCCAGAGGGCUGAGGCCCGAGGUCAUCUGUCCCUGUGCGACUUCCCCUGAGGCGUUAACGGUCGCCAUCCGCAGGCCGCCAGACCUGGGAGGACCUCCACCAAAGAAAGCUGUCCUGUCGAUGAACGGUCUCAGUUUUGGUGUGAUCAGAGUUGAUACUGAAGAAAAGCUGUCCGUUCUUACCGUUCAGGACGUUGGUCAGGUGCUGCCGGGAGCUGACGUAUGUGUUGUGAAGGUGGAAGGUGCCCCUUACCUCUGUAAAACCGAUGAAGUCGGGGAGGUAUGCGUCAGCUCCAGUACUACUGGCACAGCGUACUAUGGGCUGCUUGGAAUCACCAAGAGUGUCUUUGAGACCGUCCCGGUCACGGCAGGAGGCAUGCCCGUGUCUGACAGGCCUUUCACCAGGACGGGGCUGCUGGGCUUCAUCGGGCCUGAUAACCUGGUCUUUGUCGUGGGCAAGCUGGAUGGGCUGAUGGUGGUUGGAGUUCGUAGACACAGUGCGGAUGACAUCGUGGCCACAGCGCUGGCCGUGGAGCCCAUGAAGUUUGUCUACAGAGGCAGGAUUGCUGUGUUCUCCGUGACGGUGCUGCAUGAUGACAGGAUCGUCCUUGUGGCUGAGCAGCGGCCAGAUGCCUCUGAGGAGGACAGCUUCCAGUGGAUGAGCCGCGUGCUGCAGGCCAUCGACAGCAUCCACCAGGUGGGCGUGUACUGUCUGGCCCUGGUUCCUGCCAACACCUUGCCCAAGGCUCCUCUCGGAGGGAUUCACAUUUCUGAAACCAAGCAGCGUUUCCUGGAGGGGAUGCUGCACCCAUGUAAUGUACUAAUGUGCCCUCACACCUGUGUCACCAACCUUCCCAAACCUCGCCAGAAACAACCAGAGGUGGGGCCGGCCUCCAUGAUCGUGGGGAACCUGGUUGCCGGGAAGAGGAUCGCACAGGCCUCGGGGAGGGAGCUGGCUCACCUGGAGGACAGCGACCAGGCCAGAAAGUUCUUGUUCCUACCCGACGUGCUGCAGUGGCGGGCACACACCACUCCCGACCACCCGCUCUUCCUGCUGCUCAACGCCAAGGGCAGCGUCACCAGCACUGCAACCUGCGUCCAGCUGCACAAGAAGGCAGAGAGGGUGGCCGCCGCCCUGAUGGAGAAGGCAAGACUGGGCACCGGGGACCACGUGGCUUUGGUCUACCCCCCAGGUAAGCACACGGGGCCCUCUGUUAUUAUAAAGCAGACACCCCGUAACCUACAGCCAGGUCGGAAAUCCCUGCACUCUCCCAGCGUCUACUCAGGACACCAGUCCGUCCUGGUGCCCCCGCUGGAGCUGGAGAGUAACGUGUCCCUGUGGCUGUCUGCCGUCAGCCAGUACAAGGCCCGGGUCACCUUCUGCUCCUACUCGGUGAUGGAGAUGUGCACCAAGGGCUUGGGAGCGCAGACGGGCGUCCUCAGGAUGAAGGGGGUGAACCUGUCCUGCGUGCGCACCUGCAUGGUGGUCGCAGAGGAGAGGCCCAGGAUCGCGCUCACACAGUCCUUCUCCAAGCUGUUCAAGGACCUGGGGCUGCCGGCACGUGCCGUGAGCACCACGUUCGGGUGCAGGGUCAACGUGGCCAUCUGCCUCCAGGGCACGGCCGGCCCAGACCCCACCACCGUCUAUGUGGACAUGAGGGCGCUGCGGCAUGACCGGGUACGUUUGGUAGAACGGGGUUCUCCGCACAGUCUGCCGUUGACGGAGUCUGGAAAGAUCCUCCCUGGGGUGAAGGUCAUUAUUGCGCACACUGAAACCAAAGGGCCCCUUGGAGACUCACACCUGGGAGAGAUCUGGGUGAGCAGCCCACACAACGCUACCGGCUACUACACGGGGUACGGGGAGGAGGCUCUGCACGCCGACCACUUCAGUGCCCGGCUGAGUUUUGGAGACACCCAGACCAUUUGGGCGAGGACUGGCUACCUCGGUUUCCUGCGAAGAACAGAGCUCACGGAUGCCAGCGGAGAGCGACAUGAUGCGCUGUACGUGGUCGGGUCUCUGGAUGAGACGCUGGAGCUGAGAGGCAUGCGCUACCACCCCAUCGACAUCGAGACGUCCGUGGUCCGAGCCCACAGGAGCAUCGCUGAGUGCGCCGUGUUCACCUGGACCAACCUGCUGGUCGUGGUGGUGGAGCUGGAUGGGCUGGAGCGGGACGCGCUGGACCUGGUGGCUCUGGUCACAAACGUGGUGCUGGAGGAGCAUCACCUGGUCGUGGGCGUGGUGGUCAUCGUGGACCCCGGCGUGAUCCCCAUCAACUCGCGGGGCGAGAAGCAGCGCAUGCACCUUCGAGACGGCUUCCUGGCCGACCAGCUGGACCCCAUCUACGUGGCCUACAACAUGUGAGCGCGGCUCCUCAGCCCUGUGCCUCCCGCGUGGGGACCGGCAGAGGCGUCGGGCCACCAGCGGCCACCAGAAGGGCUCCAGUCUUCCCGCGCGCCACGCCCCUUCUUCCUCUGCUUGUUCAGAUCCGCUCCAGGCUCCCCAAGUCUCACUUGGGGAACCGCCUCCUGGACCAUCUGAAGAAGUGUCUUGUCCUUGGAGGACAUUUGGGGGAGCAGGAAUGUCAGUACCUGAACGGGGGCUGCCUGAGGGGGGAGGCAUUGCAAGUGCGCUACUGUGUUGCGAGUUUGCACCUUUUUUAGGCUGAAAAUAUAGUUCUUGAAUUUAAAAAUUCAAUUAUUUAUUCCCACUUCCUAUAUAGAAUUCGUGCUAGGAAGAACUUGAGGCCCCUGGUCCAUGUGCCUCGCUCCCGUUUCACAGGGAGGAGCCGAGCUAGGGUGGCGGGUCCUGGGCCCCCCUGCCCCCCCGCACUCACAGGGCACUUCCCAGGCAGGUUGGAUGUGGAAACAACGUGAGAACGCGUGUGCCCGAUCAUCCGCGUUUGUUGUCACUGACCCUUGAGAAGUGCCCCGGGGGGCUGUCAGAUUAGAUGCUUGCUUUUGGGCAGGUAAACCAGCAUUUAGGCUUAAACCACUUCCUAGGUUUGUCAUUUCAUGCUGUUUAGUUAACUUCCUCGUUUUCCUAACACCACCGGAUAAGUUCUUCUCAAUCCGUGGAAUUGUGUUGAAUUGUUACUUUUAUUCCUGUUAACAGACUUGGGGGCGUUGGUGGCAGCCCCUGGGCGCUCGGGUCCUCGGCGCUGCUGGCCGAGCAUCCUGCGUGGGCCCAGGGGCCGUGGACAGAGCCUUGUCCCCCCACCCUGGGUUUCACAGUCUGAGUUGUGUGCCUAUAAAACUUGGCCAAACUGCAUUCGGUUAUUUUAUUCAAACCUGACGGAACUGACGGACCUAAUAUUAUAGUAAACCUAAAUCAAAGAAGAGAAUGUAAAAUCUUUUAGAUACUUAAAAGAAUUUGAAGCGAAGCUCAAAUCUAAGAUUAUUUUUAUAUAGCUAUUGAAGAGUAUGUUAUGAAGUUGUGGGGGUUUGGGGGGAUUGAGUGUGGGAAAGUUUAUGAAUUAUGCAUGCUUCCUAGGAACAACCAGGUGUUUCUGGAAUUAGCCUGGAGCGGUGCCUAACAAAGCUGUUAUUAAUUCUCUACCAUUUUAAAUUCACCACCGAAUGGGCCCGGCCAGCUGGGCCAACUCUCACAUCUCUUAUUUGGCUACAGGCAGCACGUGCAUAUUAGUUCCGUUUGCCUAUGGUGUUGAGCUGUGGUGUAAUAUGUUACAACAUACUGGAAUCCUAAUAAGCCUAUUGUAGUUAUGUACAUAAUCUGUAUAACUUAUUGUUUGACAUACAGAGGUUCUAGCAGUGGACUAACGGACAUUCCUUGUAAUACAGUGGCCAGCAGGGGAAAACUACCUAACCCUAAUCUUAAUGUUGUAGUUUUAUAGGAAACAAAUAUUGUAAAAUUUUUGUAUUGAGAGGUCAGUGGCAGUAAGACAAAGUGUCUUGUAAAUUAAGAUUUUAGGAAGCGCAUUAAAAUGUUUUAAAAUUACUCUCCGAGAAUUCUGUAUAUCACACUAAAAUUUUUUUAUAUCAUUAUGUUAAUAAAAGGUAUUGACUAUUUGUAAUUCUGCACUUUGAAAUGUGUGAAAAUGUUUUUUAAAUUACCCCAAAUAGGAUGUAUUUUAUUAUGCAUUCUUUUUUCUGAAUAUAAAAGCAUUUAUGCUUACAGCAUAAAAUCUACAAAGCACAUUAAAGUGUGAAGAAGAAAAUUAAGAUCUCCUCUCAUCCUACCUCUGCGAAAUAGCAGCAUUAGUAUCUGCUAAAAACCCUUUCAGGGAUUAAUUUUUUCUUUGUUAGAAUUUUUACAAAAUUAGGGUCCUAUGCUUUGAUAUCCAUUUUUGUACUUAAUAAAUUACAGACUUUUAAUCUAUCACAUAUAUUCUUCUACUUGUUUUAGACACUGUGCCGUGACUAACGGUAGUUUUACCCCUGCUGUCCGCCGGUGGCGGGUGACGCACGUUAGCCGCGCUGGGUGCCCGCCCGUCCGCAAUGGCAGUUGCUGUCUCAGACGCAGUUCCUGCAGGGAGAGCGACCAGGUCAGAGCUCAUCCCAGUUUGAAAGGCCGUGUGGCGGUGGCCGCUUUCCAGCAGCCCCUGGUAUUGGCAACGGACUCUUGGCCAAGAUUAAAAUAAGUCCUUGACAAAUUGAUGGUCAAAUAAGUGUCAUGUCUGGUCAUAUUAAAUAUGUUUUCAUGUGUC